AGUGGUGCUGACCCAUUGGUACCGACCCAGUGGUACCGACCCAGUGGUACUGACCCAGUGGUACUGACCCAUUGCUACUGACCCAUUGCUACUGACCCAGUGGUGCUGACCCAGUGGUACCGAUCCAGUGGUACCGACCCAUUGCUACUGACCCAGUGGUACUGACCCAGUGGUACCGACCCAGUGGUACUGACCCAGUGGUACUGACCCAUUGCUACUGACCCAGUGGUGCUGACCCAUUGCUACUGACCCAGUGGUACCGACCCAUUGCUACUGACCCUGUGGUACUGACCCAUUGCUACUGACCCAGUGGUACCAACCCAGUGGUACCGACCCAUUGCUACUGACCCAGUGGUGCUGACCCAGUGGUACUGACCCAGUGGUACCGACCCAUUGCUACUGACCCUGUGGUACUGACCCAGUGGUACCGACCCAGUGGUACUGACCCAGUGGUACCGACCCAUUGCUACUGACCCUGUGGUACUGACCCAGUGGUACUGACCCAGUGGUAAUUGAGUGUUUGUGCCACUUAUAGGGGAACUCAACUGAACCUGAGGGGCCCAGACUCCAUUAAAUGUGGCCCCUCCACAGCCCUGAUAGGAGGAGAUCUCUGAGCAGCCCCUCCCACUUACCUCAAUAGCGAAUUGUGGCCCUAGUGAGUGGCAGCCUGAGGGCCAAUGAGAAGAAAGUGUAUUGGCGCCGCUGCUUUUAUCUUAUUGAGGAGAAGCAAAGGCCAGAGCUAAACCUGGGGCCUCCCCAAAACCAGUAGGGGCCAAUGAGGCUCAUUCCCAGGGGCCAAUAUCUUGUUCCCUCCCACGAGGAGCCACUCACUUUCCUCUACCAACCCCAUGCUCUCCUGCACCUCCUCACCUCCUGAUUUUGGGGUCUGGCAGCCCCUCAGACCUUUGGGAACCCUCCAUUCAUACACCCCCAGUAUCCAUGGCAACAGGACCCCCCCCUGCAUGACUUGCUUUAUGACUUAGGGGGGCGGGUCCAACAGGAAUGAAUUCCUCCCCCAGUGAGCAAAGGGGGCAGAAGUGCAGUGUGGGGGUUGCUGGGUGGGUGGGAUGUUGGAGGGCCACUUCCUGGGGCCCCUGGUGUUAAAUAAACAGCCCCCCAGCCACGAGGAACCAGCAGAACUUGUGGGAGGAGCCAGGAACAUGUGAGUAACUGGGCCCCAUAUUCAGUGUUUGGCCCCUCACCCCACAAAACCCCACCUUGUGCCCCCCAACUUCUGUCCAUGUGAUCCAACAUGGCCACCAUAUUUGUUCCUCCUCCAUUGUGCAGUCUGUCCUGCUGGGGGGGGGGCUGUGGGAGGGGGUGACAGGAGGUAAAACAAGAAACCCCCCUCUAUACCCAGCACUCUUACCCCCGUAUGCCCACUUGUUCAUUAUCCACAAACAUUAAACCCACAGAGCUCACACUUACUUUUCUUGAAUCCUGCAACAGGAAAGGGUUAAUCAGGGGCCCCUUAGGGUUGAAGUGUCCCCUAGACUCCUCCUUCCCACCUCCCCCUGAGCCCCAUUCAAUCCCAACUCCUGGUUACUAGGGGCAGCUUCUCUAGCAACCAGACAGCAUUGUUAUUCGAGGACAGGGAGCACCAAUGGGAUGAGCUGCUGAUGCAACAACCAUGAAAGCAUUCACUAGUGGGACUGGGGGCGGGGCUAUAAGAAUCACAAAACGAAAGUUCCCAGCAGCUCACACACACAAUGACACACACAGACAAUGACACACACAGACACACACAGACACACAAUGACACUGGGGUCUCCUGCACUCACUCUGCUGCUGCGGCUGCUGCAGGGCUCCCUCACCCUGUGGGCAAGUAAAGGUGUGACUGAGGAGAUAUCUGCUGAGUUGGGAGCAACUGUCCUCAUCCCACACAAUGUGACUUGUAACUUGGGGUUACACAUGGCCUUUGACCUGGAGAGAACGGGACACAAUUCUGGGGUUAUUGGCUCCUAUGAAGACCACUUAUUGGCUGAUGAUGAGUAUGAAGAGCGGUUGGAGUUCUCCAAGGAGUCCUGCACCUUCAUUCUGAGGAACGUGACUGAGACUGACUCUGGUAAUUACACCUAUGUGCAACUCAUCUCCUCUGAUGGGAGGAACAAGGACACCAUCAAGAUCAACCUCGUUCUGACCAUAACUGCUCCUGAGACCCCCACUUCUGUACCUGGACACUCUGUGGGACCAACAGCUCAUGGAGACCCCCAGUCUUCAGGAAUAUGGGGGAGAUUUGUCGCCCUGUGUCUUUCUGCUGUUUCCCUUGGGCAUUUCCUUGGCAACCUGGUCUCCUGGAUGGAUGCAAAAACACUGGAAAGUCAAUGCUGUUGCCUUUGUCCCAGUAGCGGGAUCAGUGGAGCUAUCUCCAGAAGUCAGCGGAGCCUCCAUGUUGCCCUCGGUUACACUGGGUACUUGUUCCUCAUUUGUCACAUGGUCAGCAUCACCCUCUGGUUGCUCUACGGAAGUAACAGUGUCAUGGACUGGCUUCUCCUGGCCCCUGUGGCCCUCAACGUUGUGAUUUGCAUAACAAGCUUCUUCUCAGGAGAGAAGACGUCCCAGUGCCUGGGGGCCGAGUGCCCAGUUUGGGGAAUAUUACAGAAGAUCGAGGGUCUUGUUGGGGCCCAUAAAUAUAUCAGCAAGUUUCUAAUGUUGGGAUAUUCCAUCUCCUUGUUGGUCCUGUAUGGUAUCAGGUCCGAGAAUGGGAAAUUUCCCUUCUGGAUUCUCAUCAUCAUCAUCAUCAUCGUCUUGGGCCUUUUAAUUGAAGUUCUGGUUGUGAUGUACACAAGUUACCUGCUGGAUCCUGCCCCCCCAGUGACUGCAGCAGAGGGGGAGACCCAUCCAGAAAUGGAGAAACUAAACCACCUCGAGACAAAGCAGGGGGGGCCUGUGGAGAUUGUGGAGGUGCUGAGCCCCCCCAGGUGCCAUUCCUUUGUUCCCCCUGAUAUGUGACUGUUCCUGACACUGAUGCCCCUGUGCCUUAUACAUAAAGCUAAAUGAGUCCGACACCAACAGUAGCCACUGGGCCAAGCCCCCCAACUGUCACAUUGCAUCCUCUGGCCCCCAAUGGCUCUUGCACGGGGGCCCCUCUAUGUUGUACUACCCCUGGGGCCCUACAGCCCAUUGUGCUCAUGUCUAGUGGAAGAUGUACUGUCCCUUUAACACAGACAUUCCACAUGAGAAUCUUCAGGAAUGGGAACAUUUACUUUAUUGCACUGAUUCUCAUUCCUUUCAGUCCGUUCUUCUGCCUGACCUCCUCCUCAAUAGACAGACAGACAGACAGGUUGCACUGUGACCCCUGCAGCAGUUUAUUCCUGCCUUGGACUUGUGCACCUUCUAAUGGUCAUUUCUGAAACACUGGAUAAAAGACUGCCCCCUAGUGCUCAUCCAACAGCAUGUCUGUCACACCUCCACAUACAGACACAUGUACAGACACACAGACACAUGUACAGACACACAGACAUACAUACAGACACACAGACAUAUGUACAGACACACAGACA